UACAAAUUUUACUGGGAAAGUACAAAACCAAAGUGAGAAAAGUGUUGGCAAAACCCUGUGUUUUUGUUUUUCAGCCCACACACUUAACCUUGCUUAUAGUAUCCAGGCGUGCAUGAGUGAGUAAGUGCACAACUUGGACCAGAAAUAGCACCGCAGAGUUUUGCAUUACGCUGCUGUGCGGCUGCUUCAGAAUGCUUCAGCUGCGCGUCCCGUGGAUCUCGCGCGUAAAGGCCUUUCAAUAAACAUCUUCGGGAUCCCUCGCGUCUCCAAAUAUUGACUCAGUUUCUAACGCGCGGGAUAUGACACUGUCAGCAAAGGUCUUGAUGAGUUAAUGCAUGCACCAUGGUAAUAUUUUUAACUCAAUUUUUCAUUUUAAAGUUAGCCAAAUGUUUUGGUCAGCUCCGGUGCUGCAGAGUUUCCAAAUCUAAAAUAAAUACAUUUUUAGCCAAAUAAAGAGACAAUUUGUUACGUUUUUAAACAUUACUAAAUAUGAAUCUGGGGCAAAGGAAAGCCAAAAUAUAUGUGGAUAAAAUGUUUUUUUUUAUCAAGACACCUUUGAAAACUGACUAAAUUUCCACAUUUUCAAUAUAUUACACUGUAUUUUCACAAUACUACAACCACCUUUUUUCAACUUUUCUCUUCCAAACUUCCAAAACUGUGCACACUGACUAAAAGAAGAAGGAUCCACAUCAAUACAAGCAACAUCUGCUAUGCUGACAUGAGGAUGCAGCCAACAAAGAACUCUUUCACACACUCCAGUGUAAGAUUCCAUCAGUCGUUACUUACAGAACACUUUCUUUUUUUAUUUUUUUUUGGUCUUUACUGUUCAACGGCACCACCUCCUGUGACCCUUGUGUGCAGUCGUCCUCGGUCAUACAGCAAAAUUACCCCGGAUCAUAACAACAGGUCUUGUCCAUUACACUUUUCUCCUCGGAACAAUGAUCGCGCCUCGCCCUUUUCACUAAUAAGACAGACGGAUUCCUCCGGGCGGACCCCAGAACCCACAGCGGAGUGAAGCAAACCACUGGAUCUGCAUGUUUCACAGCGCAUAUCCAUGCACUCCGGACUAUUUUGAACUCCGACGUCGAGUUUUGCAGCGAAUAACUUUUUUUCUUCCAUCUAAACCGAUCUUUUACGCGCGGAAAGCGGUGCGUAAUCUGUGCGUAAAGUUGGUCUGCAUGCGCCGUGGAGUAAAAACAAACACCUUAGUGUAUCUUUUGAGAGUCGUUGAACUUUUUUGAGUCAUUUUGCAUGUUUCUGUGCCGCGCGCAGUUUAAUAAGUGAAAGUGAAGAGAGAGAAACACAUUUUCUUUGCGUUUAUUCACCGCCAUAAAAGAUCGAAAAGUCACCCGUUUAUCUGGAUCAACUUUUUUCUGAGUUUUAUAUUACAAAAACCUUUUGCAUAACAACUAUUUCUUCUCCCCAGCUUUGCCUCAGGCACUGCGCAUGCGUGCUGGCUGCCGCUGUCACUAAGACAUUUUUCAUCACGCUGGAAACUGUCACCGGUGACGUCAAUCACAGAGCUCUGACCAAUUAGAGCGCGCGGUGAUUGUUUAGCUCCACGGGCUGCAGCGCCUACCAUGAAUCUCUAUUCAGUAUCAAAGCGUCCUGCUGCUGCCUCUCAACCGAAUGGGAUUCCAUGUUGUCUGCAGAUAGGCUUAACUUUAUAAAGUUUUUUCCUUUAUUUUUUUUUUCAUUACGAUUAAAAUAUAUUUGUCAUCAUCAUUAUUAUUUUGCCUGCUGUCAAGUUAUUCUAAAAUUAGGAAGUAAUGAGCGUGGAUGCCUUGGGAAGCCCCGUGAUGGACCCUACGUUUUCCAAACGGAACACGGCGCUGAGAUUAGUUGACUUGGCAGGGGCUCACCACCAUCACCAUCAUCACCACCAUACCCCUCAGAGCGUGACAGGCUUCCCGGGGUUCAGCAGCCAUCCACACUCAAUGGCUCACUCGCACCCUGGGGAGAUUACUGCGGAACCCCGCCUGGGGCCGAGUCCAUUCGGGCCAGAACACAUGGGGCACUCCGCGGCCCUCAAAAUCAGCCCAGCCCAUCAUUAUCCCCACCACCAUCACCACCACCACAAUCAUCAUAUGGCAGGCCACAGUGAAGUGGUCUCCAGUCAAACGGGAGCUUUUGGCCCGGUUCAGGCGACAUCGGUCCCUUAUUCUAUGUCUCACUCGGCCCAGGCUUUAUCCGCAGGUAGCUAUCCGGGACACUAUGGUCAUCACCCUGACGCCGGGAACCAUACAGCCCUCUUCUCCGGACUUCACCACGAGCAGAAUUCGAGCGGAUCACCGGGUGGCCAAGCCCUGAAUGGACAAAUAAGGUUAGGACUACCUGGAGAAAUGUACGUUAGAUCGGAUCACUUGAGUCAAGUAGCGAGCUCCAGGGCUGAUCCGUUCUCCGCCUCGCCUCUGCAUGGCUACGGCGGUCUGAAUCUCAACAUGAAUCUGAGCGCUCACCACCACCACCACCACGGAGCCGGCGCGUUUUUCCGCUACAUGAGGCAGCCCAUAAAGCAAGAGCUGAUCUGCAAGUGGCUGGAGCCGGAGCACUCGCCAAAGAAACUUUGCUCCAAAACUUACAGCACCAUGCACGAACUCGUUACGCACGUGACGGUGGAGCACGUCGGAGGACCGGAGCAGGCGAACCACAUUUGUUUUUGGGAAGAGUGUCCGCGGGAAGGCAAGCCGUUCAAGGCAAAGUACAAACUUGUGAAUCACAUUCGGGUGCACACCGGGGAGAAGCCGUUCCCGUGCCCGUUUCCCGGCUGUGGGAAGGUCUUUGCGAGAUCGGAGAAUCUGAAGAUCCACAAAAGAACGCACACAGGUGAGAAACCCUUCAAAUGUGAGUUUGACGGCUGCGACAGACGCUUCGCCAACAGCAGCGACCGGAAAAAGCACUCCCACGUCCACACCAGCGAUAAGCCCUACAACUGUAAAGUGAGAGGCUGCGAUAAGUCCUACACGCACCCCAGCUCCCUGAGGAAACACAUGAAGGUGCACUGCAAGUCCCCGCCGCCCAGCUCGGGCUACGAGUCGUCGACCCCUUCCCUGGUCUCCCCCUCCUCAGACUUGGGCAGGGAGCCAGCGGGCUCCUCGGUGCUGUCCGAGCCGCUCGGCGCCUCCCAGUCAGCCAAUUUAAGCGAGUGGUACGUGUGCCAAAGCUCAGGUGCCAGCGGCGCCCAAACACCCCCCAGCGGUCAGUCCACACCGGAUCACGCAGAGGAGCCGCCUUACAGAAACCCGCAACCGAGGGAUGCGUUUUAGCGCAAAAAUAAUAACAACAACAAAAAAGGUUUGGCUUUGGCCCCAGCCUACCUGUGAGGCCCCACUGGUCCACUUUUUGUGAAUGAGCCACCAAACAGACAGCCAAGACACUUAACCACUGUGGAAGGAAAUGUCCUCUCCUUAAAAACGUGCGAACUUCAAACCGCAGUUAUUCCAAACCCCGCUGGCUCUGUGACCAUAUCCGCCCGGACUGCUCCACUUGCGGAGACAGUCGUGUAAUUCUGUUAGAGAGAAGAAAAAAAAUCACUAUUGUAGGCUCUAGGCAUGUCGGUGUAACAUGAAUUUGUAAAUAGAAUCUUGAAUAUGUUUUUAUUUAUUUUUGGAUCUGAUACUGAUUUUUUUUUUUUGUAAAAUCAAACCAAAGUGCACGUUUGAACAUGUACAUUUGUACAUUUUUGUAUAAGUUUUAAUGUGUCGAUGUUUUGUAAAAGUCUGUCUGGGCAGGUUUUCUCACCUGCAGCUUCUAUUUGUACAAACAUUUAUGUUUACAUCUUUUUUUUUUGGUCCCUGACAUUGUGCAACAAUUCAGUUUUUCAUAUCUACAGUAUAUUUGGUACAAAACGUGGAUUUCCUAAUGUUUUUUUUUUGUUUUUUUAAGUGGGCAUUUUGUGACUUUUGUAUACCUGUCGUCAAUAUUUUCUUUUAUCUGAAAUCGAUCGGCACUCAAACUCCGAAUUGCCUUGUUCUUUGUGAGUAUUUUGAAUAAAUCAUAUGAUAAAAGAAGGAAA